AUGGCGACCAUCAAGUCCCUGGCGCUAUGGGCCACCGUCGUCACAGCUCGGUCCGUGUUGCACCUCAAUGCCAGACAACAACAAGACCAAUCCCCCAUCCCCUUUGCCACUGAUGUUUGCUCCAACAGCGGCAUAUGCGUUGGCGGCACCUGCACAUCCAACACCAUUGGCAUCGACCCGGCCAACUGCGGCGGUCCAGGCAAUGCUUGUCAGUCUGGAGAGCUGUGCGUUGUCGGGUCCUGCAUUCCCCUCAACUUCACUGCACCCGGAGGCCCUACCUGCGAUGAUUCGUGCGGCGUCGGCCAGGUGUGCGACAGCGACAAUGCAUGCAAGCCUAUUCAGAUUACGGUCGAUCCUACACGCUGUGGCAUCAACGAGACAACCUGCGCCGCCAGUGAGGUUUGCGUCAACGGCGUCUGCUUCCCACUCAACAUUGGCUCGGAUGCCAACAGCUGCGGUGACCCAGCUGAGGUUUGCGAUCCCGGCAACUGGUGCUUGGAGGGCGAAUGCACUCCCUUCAGCAUUGGUACGAACUCUGUUGUUUGCAACUCCGCGGCUGACUGCCCCCUGCGGGCGAGCUGCAACGAUGGCGUUUGCGCCAGCUUGAGUGUUGGCACAGACUCGAGUCACUGUGGCCCUGAUCGCGUGGGAUGCGCGGCGGGCGAGCUUUGUAUUUCCGACACUUGUCAGACACUCGAACUCCCGCCUGCUGCAGACGACGAUCAAACUUGUGGCAGCGGUGGCUGCGGGCCUGGCUCGAUUUGCUUGAAUGGCGAGUGUACCCCCAUCUCGAUCAGCACAGACCUCUCAGCCUGCAACUCUUCAGGAAACCCCUGCGAGGACGGCAAUGUCUGUAUUUCGGACAUCUGCCCCGGCAACUCGGACCCUUCCAGUGUUGGCGGUGCUGGUGCCGGUGCUGGUUCUGGUGCGGGCGGUUCUGGUGCGGGCGGUUCUGGUGCUGGCGGUUCUGGUGCUGGCGGUUCUGGCCAGCCUGGAGGCGGCGGCAACAACAACGGCGGCGGCAACAACAACGGCGGCGGCAACAACAACGGCGGCGGUAACGACAACGGGGGCGGCGACAAUGGAGGCGGCGGCAAUGGAGACGGCGGCAACGGAAUCCCCCCCGGUGGCCCUCAGUGCGAUCCUCCAUGCCCAGCCAACUCCAUCUGCCGGGCUGGAAGCUGCGCCGCCAUCACCGACCCCGGCUCCUGUGGCGCCGUGUUGCCCAGUCGCCUGUUCUUCUUCCGUCGCCAAGAGAAUGGCGUGUGUCCGGCUGGAACCACCUGCAUCGACGGCUCCUGCGCCCCGAUCACGGGCCCCGAGAACUGCGGCGCGCAGGGCCGAACCUGCCCUGACGGCUUCCUGUGCAUCUUGGACAAUUGCGUCCCUCAGGGCGACCCCAGUGACUGCAACGGCGACACUUGCCAGGACAGUGAGAUCUGCAUCGGAGGUCUCUGCACACCAGUGGCCCCUUCGGACAACUGUGGCGGCGAAGACUGCUCCGACGGCGAGGUCUGCAUUGACAACAGCUGCGUGCCUGGCACUCCGCCGUCUGAUACUUGCGGUGGCCAAUGCUCUGGUGACGAGACUUGCGUGCUGGGUGUCUGCGUCCCUGCCACCAUCCCACCGGUGACCUGCGGCGACACGACAUGCACGAGCGCCGAGAUCUGCGUCGACAAUACCUGUGUGCCCAACACCACACCAGGUGUUUGCAACGGGCAGACAUGCACAGCCGACGAGACAUGCUUCUCGGGUGUUUGCGUGCCCAACAACGCCGGCGGCACUUGCGGUGGUGCUACUUGCGAUGACACCGAGUCUUGCAUCAACAACGUGUGUGUCCCGAAUGGCGGCACUGGCCAAUGCGGCGAUACAACAUGCACUGACCAGGAGACCUGCGUCGGAGGCAUCUGUGUGCCAGUGGACACUGGCAACUGCGGCGACGCAACAUGCCAGGGAACAGACAUUUGCGUCAACGGUGUCUGCGUACCUUUGACUGGUCCCAGCGACUGCUCCGACGAUCCUUGCGGCGACGGCCAGACCUGUGUUAACGGUGUCUGCGUGCCCGAUGCAACUGGCAGCUGCGGCUCGAGCACCUGUCAGGAUGGUGUCGAAAUCUGCGUCAACAACCAGUGCGUGCCCAACAACCUCCUCUGUGGUGGCACAGACAUCUGUCAAGGCGACGAGACGUGCGUCGACGGCGUCUGUGUGCCUGGCCUAUGCGGCGGGCAGACCUGCGGCGCUGAUGAGACGUGCAUCAGCAACGUCUGCGUGCCUAACCAAGCCCCGGAUUCUUGCGGAGGGGACACUUGCACCUCGGAUGAGGUCUGCGUUGACAACGUUUGUGUACCUGGCACAGACCUCUGCGGCGGCAUCCUCUGCCCGGACGGCAACACUUGCAACAAUGGCGUCUGUCUUCCCACUGGUGAUCCCACAGACUGCAACGGCGCUACCUGUAGCGACAUUGAGAUUUGCCUCAACGGAAAUUGUGUCCUUGGCAACCUCGUCUGUGGCUCCAUUAUCUGCAGUCCCGAUCAAACUUGCGCCAGCGGUGUCUGCAUCGAUGUCGGUGAUCCGACGGAUUGCGGUGGCGCACAGUGCACCGGUGCGCAAGUCUGCCUCAACGGCCAGUGCGUUCUCUCUGACCUCAUCUGCGGAACCGACACGGUCUGUGACCCAAAUGAAACUUGCGUCGCCGGGCAGUGUAUUCCAGUGGAUACGUCUUGCGGGGACUGCUCCUCACCCAAUAUCUGCUUCGGCGGCGAAUGUGUCCUCCCGGAUCUCAUCUGCGGUGAUGUCGUGUGCCUGCCUGGCCAGACCUGCGCGAAUGGCGCGUGC